CUCUCGCUGUCUACCCCGCCGGACCGGUGCGUGGAGUCAACCGAUGUAGAUGUGGAGGUCAUGUAACUUGUGUACAACAUGCCUGUGUUGUACUCAACCCUGUGCCUCUGUGCGUAUGGCUUAUUUUCCAACCUGCGGCCGUCCGAGCCUUUCCUUACCGCUUACUUGAUGGGACCAGACAAGAACCUGACCGAGGCGCAGGUUGUCAGCGAAAUCUACCCAAUUUGGACAUAUUCUUAUCUGGCGUUGCUGUUCCCUGUCUUCCUGGCCACUGACUACCUCUGUUAUAAGCCUGUGUUGGUGCUGCAGGCAGUUAGCUUUGUGGUCACUUAUGUGAUGCUGCUCAAAGCACAUGGCCUUCGGGCCAUGCAACUGCUGGAGUUUUUCUUCGGGCUCGCCACAGCCUCGGAGGUGGCCUACUUCUCGUACAUCUACAACGUGGUAGAGCCCGCGCACUACCGGAGGGUGACUGCUUACUGCCGCAGUGUCACGCUUUUCGGCUCGGCCGCCGGCUCACUCACCGGCCAGCUCCUCCUCACCCUGGCCGAAGUCAAACUGGUACACCUCGUCUGGGCCACGCUCGCAUCGGCCGUCGUCGCCUUUGUCCCGCCAUGGUUUCUUCCUAUGCCCAAGAGGAGCUUGUUUUUCCACAAGAAACCCGAGGGAGCAAUAGAGAGGCAGUGCGACUACACCGGUGCCCUAAUCGAGAAAGUUGACAACAAGGUCCCUUUGGACAAUGAGGACGUCUCUAUUGCGUCCCCAGCCACUGAGGAGACAAAUACAAGCUGUGGUCUCCCUGACGUCUUGAAGAUGCUUUUGGCAGACUUCCUGCACUGUUACAGACGAGGCCCCUUGCUAGCGUGGUCACUCUGGUGGGCGGUGGCCACAUGCGGAUACUUUCAGGUGCUCAACUAUGCCCAACCGCUGUGGGAGAACAUCCGGCCCUCCAGUGACUAUGACAUCUACAACGGCUACGUGGAGACGCUGUCCACAUUGAUGGGAGCUGUGGCUGCUCUCCUGGUGGGCCACCUGCCUGUGCGCUGGACUGUGUGGGGAGAGCUGGUCUUGUGUGCCCUUUCACUACUCAUGGCAGCAUGUGUGUUUGUCAUGGUAACGCUGAAGAGCAUCUGGCUGUGUUAUGGCUCCUACAUUCUUUUCAGAGCAACCUACAUGCUGCUUAUCACAGUUGCCACUUAUCAAGUAGCUUCCAGUCUUGACAUGCAGCGCUAUGCCAUGGUAUUCGGCGUCAACACCUUUGUGGCUCUGCUGCUGCAGUCUCUGCUCACGCUGGUGGUGGUGGACUCAGCCGGCCUGGGAUUGGAUGUCUUCACUCAGUUUUACGUCUACGGCGGCUACUUUGCUGUCAUCUCUACUGUGUUCCUCUUCGCCGGGCUUUGCAAACUGUCCAUGAGGCGGCACGCUGAGCAAGAGGUCCUGUCCAGAAGUCCAGUAGACACAGACAGCACGUAAUAUGGACGUACUUUUUUUCGACAGUCUAUUGUAGGUCAUCCAACACAGCAAACUACCGUUUUUUUUUUUUUUUGCUUGUUUACAUUUGACUCAGCACUUCUUUCACUCACGAAACACAAUCAUAAGUUUCAGUAUUAAACUGACUGCACUGAUACAUUAAAAUGUGCUAUUGCUAAAUACAGUACACUACAAUUUUAUAUGAACCAGUUUGAGGCCUUAGAUUUGAAAGCAAUACUGUGUGUGGACUUUCUCAUGCUCUCCUCCUUCACCUUUUUUUUUUUUUAAAUAUGAACACAAUGUGUUUUGUGUGGCUAAAAUUAGAAGUCACAGCCAAAGAUCAUAUAGCAUUUACUACUGUGUAUUUGGUAAAUGGUAUUGAAUUGGUAGUGAAAUGUUUGUGUGUGUGGUUCUGUGUGUCCAUGUCACUAUUAUGAGCUUCAGAACAGAAAUCUGAAAUAAGGUAAAGUUUUUUUGUUUUUUGUAAUCUUACUUGCUAAGGUUACAGUUAAAUGUACUUUAAUUCCAUCUCAAUACUGCUCUCGUUUUUGUCCUCAUUUCAUUGGUUGUUUCUUUAUUAAUGAGUAUGCCUACCGACAUACCAACUGUGGUGUGAAAGGGUUUUUGCACGUUUAUCACACGUCAAUGUUUCCCAUCGUCAAAGACAACAUAAGUAAACACAAAAUGCAAUUUUUAAUUUUUAUUAUUAAGGGUGAAAGAAAAUCCAAACCUCCAUGGCCCUGUGUGAAAAAGUGAUUGCCCCUCCUGUUGAAACAUAACUGGUUUAUCAUAUUUGAGUUAAAUUUCUCUACACUCAGGCCUGAUACUGCCACACCUGUUCUUCAUCAAGAAAUCACUUAAAUAGGACCUGCCUGACAAAGAUGAGUCGACCUCAAAAGCAGAUCCUCAAAAGCUAUACAUCUUGCUAAGAGCUACAGAAAUUCAGGAACAAAUGAGAAAGAAAGUCAUUGAGAUCUAUCAGUGUGGAAAAUGUUAUUAAGUCAUGACUCAAGCUUUGGGACUCCAGCGAAUCACAGUGAGAGCCACAUUAUACUCUAGUUUGACAAGACAAAAGUAAAAAACUUUUUGGAAGGUGUGUGUCCCAUUACAUCUGGUGUCAAAGUAACACCGCAUUCCAGAAAAACAUCAUACCAACAGUACAAUAUGGUGGUGGUAGUAUGAUUGUCUGGGACUGUUUUGCUGCUUGAGCACCUGGAAAACAUGUUGUGAUAAGUGGAACCAUGAAUUCUGCUGUCUACCCCCCAAAAAAAUAAAUGCUGAAGGAGAAUGUCCAGCCAUCUGUGACCUCAAGCUGCAAUUAACUUUGGUUCUGCAGCAGGACAUGAUCCAAAACACACCAAGUCCACUUCUGAAUGGCUGAAGAAAAACAAAAUCAAGACUUUGGAGUGGCUUAGUCAAAGUCCUGACCUGAAUCCUAUUGAGAUGCUGUGGCAUGACCUUAAAAAGGACAGUCUGUGCUCAAAAACCAUCCAAUCUGGCUGAAUUACAACAAUUCUGCAAAGAUGAGUGGGCCAAAAUUCCUCCACAGCACUGUAAGAGACUCAUUACAAGUUAUCGCAAACCCUUGACUGCAGUUGUUGCUUAGGUUUAGGGGGCAAUCACUUUUUCACAAAGUGCCAUGUAGCUUUGGAUUUUCUUUUAAACAAAAACAUUUUAAAACUGCAUUUUGUGUGUACUUGUAUUGUCGUUAAAUGUGUUUGAUGCUGGAAAACACGUAGGUGUGACAAUCAUGCACAAAAAGAAGAAAUCAAGAAGGGGGCCAAACACUUUUUCACACCAAUGUAUCUAUCGGUGUAUUGGUCUUCUGAGGCAUUCUACAAAAAAAAACACAAAAAAAGUUACAAAAUACUUGACAGGGUAUUCCAAUAUUGACAUCAAUAAAAAAUGUAGAAUUUCACAAAGAUCAAAUUGAAUAGUUCAUUGUUGAAAACAUUGUUUAACAGGCAUCGCUACAGUUGGACACAAAGGUCGGACAAAGUUAGGUCAGGUUCCAGAUGACGGUAAACGUUGCCAUGGUGCCGUUAAGGAGAGCGACGCCGUAAUCCAAGAGGAAAUCCCGUUCGUGUUUGUCACUGUAACCAAACAAAGCGACACUUACGUCUUCAUAUCAUUUUACAUUUGAUUGAUAAAGACUUAAAUACCUGCACAGUAGUGUUAGAAGUGUUGGUGGCACCAGGCCCGGUUUGUAGUAGUUGAGGUAAGUCAGUGUCCAUGAGAAGACGCAGCAACUCAAUCCUGUUAAUACCGAGAGGACCAAGAUACUCCAGAAACCUAACGAUAAUAAUUUUUUUUUUUUUUAAGUGUUUUAAAUGUGCAGCAUUGCAAUUUCCACACAUUCCUGAUGGCACAUAAUCAAAGUAGACAGUCCUAAAAUUGCCCACCUAACAUCCUGACUUCUGCCCCAUCUUCUUCCUUUACUCUGCCCGCCCGCAGCUCUGAAACAAGCACGACAUUAGUGGAUGCACAUUUAGUCUAUAAGUUUCUUAACUUAUAUCUAUAUGUAGAAGCCAACACAAAUUAUCUCGUUUACCUUGAAGUAUAGGAUCCAAAAGUGCGUAGAAAGCACCGACAGCAAGUACAACUACGGCAGAAACAACUACGGACAGCGCCAUGACGGUCAACGGUUUGAAGCCAUUAUUAAGGCGUUUGACCGAGCUUCCUCCGAGCACUGCCCCGGUGUGUGAUAUAUGCUCCAUGUUUUUCUUUUUACAAACGUCCCAUUCAAUUCUAGACAUUUACAUAUGGGCAAAAAAACAAAAAAACUAAUUCAAGUUGUCAUCAAUUUUCGUGUUUGUUAUCAACACUUCCGUAAACAAGUGCGACUCUUCUUCUCUCUUAGUCCACGGCAGAAUGAGGACCAUUUGGUUCAUUUCUGCCCCCAUGUGUUUUUUAGUGGCAUUACUAUUUUAUUUUCGAUGCCAAACUUGAUUUAGAUGGGCCAGGUAACGUAGUGUUUUUCCCUUUUUUUUCUUUUUGUAUUUUUCUUUAUAUGUACUUAUAUACUGCAUUAAUAAAGACUGUGAUUUUUGUA